AUGUUGUGGACACUGAUGACUUUCAGUUUGCUCUGUGCUGCAUGUGAUAUUGUUCAAGGCUGGAUAGUUGCACCCAGUGCUUUUACAGUUUUCCGAACCAAAUAUUCCUGGAAUGAAGCGAGACAAAUAUGUGAAAACAACAACAAUACUCUUCUAACAAUCCCUGAUGAACAAUAUUGGGCCUUCUGGAAGUUUGUGUUAAACCCGGAAAGUGAAGCCCUUCACAGAGAAAUGGGUAAUUCUAGGUAUUGGUUCGGUCUUCACGCCCCAGACUCCACCAACUUGUCAUCACUCAUGUGGGCUGAUUGUGUCGUUCCCUCGUGGAUAGAAUGGACAAAUGCUGGUCGAAACUAUGUUCCAGAGCAACCUUGUUUGGCUUUCGACGUUUACUUCAAACCCUUUACAACAAUACUUCUAAAAAUUUGGUUGGCAGACAGCUGUUCAACUACUAACUACUUUGUUUGUAGUGAACCAUUAACAGUGAGAAAUGACACGUGUAUUGCCCAUGGAUGUGACGAGCAUGUCCAUUUAGUAAAGGAUAACACUGAAUGUGUUAGUAUGUGCAGCGCCGACACAAACUGUCGGACCAACUUCACGUUCAUUUCGGGUUUGGGAAUUUGUCACGUUUUCUUCCUGUCGCCAUAUCGUUCGAAUUCGUUCUAUCGAAUAUGUCUGUUAGUGGAAGACACUUCCGUAGAUAUCUGCUCUGACAGUAAUGGAUUCGGUGAUAUUGGAAAUAUUAUCAAUACAGGUCCGGACCCUGGUGGUUACUGUCUCGCGAGAGAGUCAACAUCUGUACCAAGUAUUUCAUCAGAUACAACAAGCACCCCUGAAUCGACAACACCUGUAGUCAUGCCAACAACAGAGGUGUCCCGAACGACGGUAACGACGUCACAGCAAAUGUGUGUAUGUUCUUGUAACACUGCCAACCAACCGGAACUCACUAUUGAAGAGAAAGUAGAACAGCUAAAAAGGGAACUCACAGUGAAUAAGAAAAAUACUUCCCUCCAUAAACGUAAGUUUAUCAGUGCCAGUGAUGAUAGAAUAUCUGCGACAGGGAUAGGGUCGUUUGGUGUGGGAAUGCUGGUCAUUGUUCUGCUCUCUAUCUGUGUCAUGGACCUUGGCACGCUCAAGGCAGAUUUACAGAACAUGUACCGCAAUAUAAGGAGUCGCUGCUGCAGAAAGAAGGAGGAAACACGCGUCCGACACGUGCGUCAUGUGGAUCCGUCUAUAACAAAAGCAAAAUUAUUUACAGAGCCAGAUUGUACUGUCAUUGUGAACUCUGCUACAUCCCCAGUUUUGAAAAUAACCAAAGAAGACUUGUCUUCACAAAAGAAUGACAGGACAACUUUAUCAGUUCCUACGAACAUUGGAAACGCUAAAACGCAAAGGUUACUUUCGCCGGCAUGCACCGGUUCUGUCUCAUCAAGAAGUUCCUCAAAGAGAAGUGGGACUGAUAGAAGCUCACCUGGAUACCAAAGCUCUUUGUCUAUACAGUCGUCAAACGCCUCUGGAAAUGUCUCCACAAUGGCUUCCAGAAAGUCGUCGGCUGGAUGUUCAGGAACGUCUUCUUUGAAUGACAACGGCAAACCAUGUGGAGGUGGAACCCAGUUAAGUAAGUUAUCCAGCGGUGACUUUGACGGUGAUAUUCUCCCUAACAGAGUCAGGAGUACAAGUCUUCAGAGUAGAAACAGAAAUCAAAGAUACAACAAUAAAGAGCCUAUCUGGUUACGAAUGGUUUGA